CCAGAGUGUGGGAAAAGCUUCAUUUUAAGGGGAAAACUUGUUCGCCAUGAAAGAAUUCACACAGGAGAGAAACCUUAUAAAUGCCUGGAGUGUGGGAGAACCUUCAGUGAUAAUGGAAACCUUAAUCGCCAUCAAAGGAUUCAUACAGGGGAGAAACCAUAUAAAUGUCUGGAGUGUGGAAGAAGCUUCUGUGACAGUGGAAGCCUUAAUUACCAUAAAAGAACUCACACAUGGGAGAAACCAUAUAAAUGCCUAGAGUGUGGAAGAAGCUUCUGUGACAGUGGAAGCCUUACUUACCAUAAAAGUACUCACACAGGGGAGAAACCAUAUAAAUGCCUAGAGUGUGGGAAAAGCUUCAGUUUCAGGGGAAAACUUGUUCGCCAUGAAAGAAUUCACACAGGAGAGAGACCAUAUAAAUGCCUGGAGUGCGGAAGAACCUUCAGUGAUAGUGGAAGCCUUAAUCGCCAUCAAAGGAUUCAUACAGGGGAGAAACCAUAUAAAUGCCUGGAGUGUGGAAGAAGCUUCCGUGACAGUGGAAACCUUAAUUACCACAGAAGAACUCACACAGGGGAGAAGCCAUAUAAAUGCCCAGAGUGUGGGAAAAGCUUCAUUUUAAGGGGAAAACUUGUUCGCCAUGAAAGAAUUCACACAGGGGAGAAACCAUAUAAAUGCUUGGAGUGCGGAAGAACCUUCAGUGAUAGUGGAAGCCUUAAUUACCACAGAAGUACUCACACAGAGGAGAAGCCAUAUAAAUGCGUGGAGUGUGGGAAAUGCUUCCGUCAGAAGGGAAAGCUUAAUGUCCACCAAAGAAGUCAUAAAGAUUAGUAACCAUAUAAAUGCCUGGA